AAGCUCAAGCCUACAAGACGAGGAAACAUCAGGCAUCAAAACCCUACAACCACCUAGCAUUAGCACAGCGCCGCGCAGCAGUUACUGCCGCCCCCAACCCUGUGCUCUGCCGUGUUGCCCCGCUCCCAUUGGCCGCCAUGGGCUCCUGCCUCUCCACCCAGCCCGGCGACGAGCCGGCGUGGCCGCUGCGGUGGCGCAAGAGGCCCCAUGGCGAGCGGGAGGGCGCGGCCGCCGGCGGCGCCUUCUUCUCCGGCGGCGGCGGGGGCGGAGGCGGCAAGAAGCUCCCCGGCGAGGGCGAGAUGACCGAGGAGGAGCUCGCGCGGGUCGCCGGAAGGACGUGCGCCAACGGGGCGAGCGCGGCGGCGUGCCUCCACACGCAGCAGGGGCGGAAGGGCACCAACCAGGACGCCAUGGUCGUCUGGGAGAGUUUCAAUUCAAGUGAUAGUGUCUUCUGUGGCGUGUUUGAUGGUCAUGGUCCAUAUGGCCAUUUUGUCGCCAAAAAAGUUAGAGAUUCUCUUCCUGUUAAGUUACUCGCACAAUGGAAAACUAGUGCUAAUGUGGGCACUAGUCCUCAUCUAAACGGAAGCAUUUCCGGAAGUUUGAACUCCGAAGAAACAGCAUCUGCUGUUGAUGAUGAAUGGGGUGAGUCUGCUGAUGUUGAAGGGAGUGAUAUGCUUCCUGAGACAUUUCUUCCACUUAAACAGUCUUAUUUGAAGGCUUUCAAAUUGAUGGACAAGGAGCUCAAGAUGCAUCCUACGAUCGAUUGCUUUUGCAGUGGUAGUACGGCAGUCACAUUGGUCAAACAGGGAUGGGAUCUUGUAGUUGGAAAUCUUGGGGACUCGAGAGCAGUAAUGGCGACUCGGGAUGCCGCUAACAAUCUAACUGCUGUACAACUCACUGUUGAUUUGAAGCCUAACCUUCCCAAGGAAGCUGAGAGGAUCCAGCAAUGCAGAGGAAGGGUUUUUGCUCUUCAAGAUGAGCCAGAAGUUUCAAGGGUAUGGUUGCCGAAUAAUGAUUCUCCUGGAUUGGCAAUGGCAAGAGCUUUUGGAGACUUCUGCCUUAAAGAUUAUGGCUUAAUAUCUGUUCCACAGAUAUCAUAUCGCCGUCUUACUGAAAAGGAUGAGUUUAUAAUACUAGCCACUGAUGGGGUUUGGGACGUUCUUUCAAACAAGGAGGCCAUUGAUAUUGUAGCUGCAGCUCCAUCUCGAGCAACUGCUUCCAGGGCUCUCGUUGAUUGUGCUGUCAGAUCUUGGAGAUUGAAGUUCCCAACAUCCAAGAGUGAUGACUGCGCUGCUGUCUGCCUGUUCUUGGACCAUGAAAAGUCACCUAACUUGGUUGAAGAGAGUGAAGCCAAGAAUGAAAAGGCAGAACCUGCGAAGGAUGCUUUAAUCUCAGAUGCCGGUGAUAAAAUCAAUGAAGACAUUGCAGAUGUGAAUGAACACAUCUCCAGGGAAGAGCAUAUCCCUGAGCCCACAUUGGAACACUCAUCCACGCUAAGAAAUGUUGACGAGAUUAUGCCGGUGGACGAACCUCCUGUAUCAAAGGAACCUGAAAGGUGCGGGUCUGCCCGCAGCCUGGCUGACUGCAUAUCCACAAACGAGGAGGAAGAAUGGUCUGCGCUCGAAGGCGUGACACGGGUAAAUUCCCUCUUGAACCUUCCAAGAAAACUCUCAGGUGACAAGAAAUCUACCAGCUGGAAGAAGCGACGCUGAGCGAACAUUAUGAAAAGAAAAAACCAUCUGCUCUGAUGAAAGUCAGGUAGGGUGCUCGCAGUGGUGCAUCACAGCCGGCAUUUUUCAGCCGAGCGCGUGCAAAUUCUUCAGCCGAUUUUAGGUCCCUGCCCUAGAUUGUUUCAGGCUGGCUGGCAGGUGUGUACAUUCAAGAAAAUUGUUUUUUCUUCUUCCUUGUGGUAUUUGUCAGGAGGCAUUCCAUACUUGGGCUUCUUUGCUUGUAUGUGCAUAUGAAAGUUUUUGUUCUGUGAGAAGCUUUUCUGUAAAUCAUGUAAGACCUCCUCUCUAAUGUCGGGAUGUUCGGUUGUAGCUGUGCCUGUACUAGAACAAUAACUCAAUUCUCUAUGUGUCGUAGGCCAUAUGAAUUUUCGCCUCAAGAGUGUAAGCUUCUUUAAUUUGUA